UUCUGCUGCAGGCAGUGGAGGCAGCUGGUGGCCGGAUGGGUGGAUGUAGACACCUUCAUCCUGCUGUCAGACAUGUGUAAGGAGAUGGUGGAUGCAAUCAGCGUCUCAAUCCUGGAAGCCGUGGAGCCUCAAGUCACUAAUGGUGGCGCCAGUAGCAGCUCCAUCACGGGGACUGAAACUCAACCGAAGAGGCAGCAUCAUAUUUACAGAGUAACAGAAGAAGCCAUCCGAUGCAGCCUUGGAGAUUCCCUCCAUCGCUGCUUUGGUGAGGCGCUGGGAUUAGAACAGGAGAGAACCCACGAGUCGGAGAAACUGGUGGAGCUGUUUGGAUUCGAGGUGAUGAAAAAGGUGAACCGCAAACUGGCUCUAAUGGAGGCACCGACCUCUUCCCAGCAGACGAAGACGUCAGAAGCUUCAGCUGCAUCUCAUACUGAAGACAUGGCUCGUCUUGUAGCUGAUAUAUUGAGAAAGUGCAAAAAACACCAGGCAUGGCUGGACAGUGAUGAGUCGGGAGGUUGUUGUCCAGACGAGGUGACACCUGUAGAGGAACUGAGAGCAGAAGGAGCUGAACCAACACAGAGUUCAGACCAGGCAGGUUGUCUGAGACAAGACUGUUCAACCAGCUCUACAGAGGAGGUACUGCCAAAUGAGACCUUUCUCGCUACGUUUCUGUGGAGGCUGCUGGAUCACAUCGCCACCGAGACAAGAACACCAAUCCCUGUGGACUUUUAUGGGAUGCUGGUCCGUUUGAUUGAGAGCACUGAGGAAGAACUAACUUCCGCUCUCCCACAGACUCCUUCAAACCUCCAUGUCUGCAUCUACAAAAAGCUUUGCCAGGAGUUUGGAUCUGCAGAGGAGCUGCUGUCUGCUGUGGCGUCCAACCCAGUGGCCUUUGAAGAAGCUGCUGCCAGGACAUUGAAAGCAAAGCUGGCGAAAUCUAAAAAAAACGUGAGCUUUGUCAAAAAAGUGAGCAGAUUUUUCCACAAAAAGACCAGCAAGGUCACUCAAGGCUGUGAGAAGAACACAAGUGAUGUCAGAAAACAGGAGAGUGGGCCUCAGGAGAAGAAAAGCUUCAGAAUUCUAUUGAAAACCAUCUGA